AUGCUAGCUAGUAUUAUUGGAGACUGGCCUGAAAAUUACAAAUCAUGCUUAACUUAUAGUGGAACAAAAUGUGCAUGUCCUUGUUAUAUUUGCCUUGUAGAAAAAGAUAAAUUAAAUGUUAUUAAUUUACCAGUAAGUCAAAAAAUUAUUCGAACAAAGGAUCAAAUGCAACAAGUCAUUGCAUUAAAACAAGGCAAAGAUUAUUCAUUGCAUGAAGAAACUAAUAACCUUAGACUCUUUGAACAUAUGAUUAAAUGUACACAAGAUCUCUUGAAAGCCUAUGAAGAUAAUGCUCUUGUUAAUAAAAUAGAUUUGAGACUUAGAUUAAUACCACAUCAUCCAGGAUUAAAAGUAUUCAAUAAUGAACUUGCAGAUCUCACUUUGUUUACAGCAUCUGAGUAUAAGCAUAUGAUGAAAAUUAUGCCAUUUGUUCUUGAAGGUCUUCUUGAAAAAAAUCAAAAUAAACUACUCAUUCAAAUGUUUGUUAAUUGGAAUAAAAUGUAUAAUCAAUCAAGACAAUAUAAAUUUACACCAAGUGACCUUUACCAAUUUGAGUCACUCAUUGAAUCAUAUGAAUAUGAACAAGUAUAUGUUCCUGAAAUUCUUAAAGGGUUACAUAAUCUUGUUUUUGCUAUGAAUGAUUAUUUUAAUCUUGUACCAAUAGUUGAAAGACAAAUUGAAGAAUCUGAAUUAACUUUUAUUUUAUAUGAGUCUUUUGUUUUGCCUAAUAAAGAACGAGUAAGGUUUACAAAAAAUUUUCACAAUGAACCAAUAUUCAGUAAUGUUUCUAUUCAUAUGAACCCUGAAGAGGAUGAAUUUGAAACAUUUGAUGGAUUUUGCUUUGCAAAAUAUGAAUGUCCUUAUUUGCAAUUAACUGAUAUCUACAACAUGAUUCUGGUAGAAUCAAUUAGUAAUGUUGUUCAUAUU